AAACCUCUGCACUACAGAGCCGCAAAAUAGUCUGAAAGAGAGCCAUAAACCAGUAGAGUAGACCAAAAGCAACGGCAGAGAAGAGAGUUGCGUAGUCUUUCAAAAGCAGCGCAUUCUCACAAGCCCUACUCGGAAAUCGCAGACGCACACUCACACUCACAACGUUAGUCUUUCGAACUUGUGCGAUUCCAUCAAUGGAGUUGGGAAGCUCUUCUCUUGCUUUAAACACCACUCACUUCUCUUGUUUUGGCUCUACCCCAACCAAAUUUCUGAGGCCUAAUGAGUCCUCAAUCCUCUUUCUUCUCCCCCUUUCUUCUAAACCUUCUUUAUCUUUAGCUCGGAACCCUUUUCGUUUCAAAGCCACUCUUAAAGAAUUUGACAUCGCCACCCAAAAGACUGUAAAGAACAUGUCCAGAGACUUGGAGUAUUCGACUUUGACAGCUUUAUCGCCUUUGGACGGUCGGUAUUGGGGUAAAGUCAAGGACUUGGCUCCUUAUAUGAGUGAGUUUGCCCUUAUUUACUACAGGGUUCUAGUCGAGGUCCAAUGGUUGAUAAAACUUUCAGAAAUUCCAGGAGUGGAAGAGGUGCCUAGCUUUAGUAAUGAUGCUAGGUCUUUUUUGCAAGGAAUUAUUGAUGGAUUUACUGUAGAUGAUGCUUUGGAGAUUAAAAAGAUUGAGAGAGUGACAAACCAUGAUGUCAAGGCAGUGGAAUAUUUUUUGAAGCAGAAAUGCCAGCCACAUCCUGAGAUUGCCAAGGUGCUUGAAUUUUUUCAUUUUUCAUGCACAUCCGAAGAUAUCAACAAUCUUGCUCAUGCGUUGAUGUUGAAGGAAGCUUUGGACAAUACCAUAUUACCUGUUGUCGAUGAUUUAAUAGAGGCAAUAGGUCAAAUGGCCAAGGACAAUGCCCAUAUUUCCAUGCUUUCUCGCACCCAUGGGCAGCCAGCUUCACCAACAACUUUGGGGAAGGAAAUGGCCAUAUUUGCUGUUAGGUUAAGUAGAGAAAGAAGAGAUAUUUCUCAGGUCGAGAUAAUGGGAAAGUUCGCUGGUGCUGUUGGUAAUUACAAUGCCCAUCUUGUUGCAUAUCCUGCUAUCAAUUGGGCCCAGAUUGCUGAGGAGUUUGUAACAUCUCUUGGAUUGAGUUUCAAUGCGUAUGUCAGUCAGAUUGAGACACAUGACUAUAUGGCAAAAUUGUUUCAUGCAAUUUACCGAUUGAACAAUAUAUUGAUUGAUUUCGAUAGAGAUAUAUGGGGCUAUAUAUCAUGGGGUUACUUUAAGCAGACAACUAAGGCUGGAGAGAUUGGGUCUUCAACUAUGCCUCACAAAGUGAACCCAAUUGAUUUCGAAAAUAGUGAAGGCAAUCUUGGUGUAGCUAAUGGAACUCUGUCUCACUUGAGUACAAAGUUACCCAUUUCUCGAUUUCAGCGUGAUUUAACCGAUUCAACUGUUCUAAGAAAUAUGGGUGUCGGAUUGGGACACUCUCUUCUUGCCUAUAAAAGCACACUACAAGGAAUUUCAAAACUUCAGGUGAAUGGUGCUCGCUUGAGUGAGGACUUAGACAAUUGUUGGGAGGUUCUUGCAGAACCCAUCCAAACUGUAAUGCGAAGAUACGGUGUUCCUGAGCCGUACGAGAAGCUUAAGGAACUUACUAGAGGACGAGCAGUUAACAAGGAGAGUAUAAGAGAGUUCAUUGCAGGUUUGGAGUUACCUAAUGAAGCAAAGACAGAGCUAUUGAAGUUAACCCCACACAGCUAUGUUGGGGCAGCUGUUGAAUUGGCAAUAACCACUGAGAAAGCUGUGAAAUUGGUCAAUGGCAAGUGUUAGGAAAGGAACACAAUAGUCUAAGUUUCAUUUUUAUUUGUAGUUUUAUUGAUUUUUUUUAGGGUUUGUUUUGGAUGAAAUUGAAAGCUAAUGAGAGAAUCAAGUUGUCACAUAUUUUCUUAUGUUGUACAAGGUACAGACAAGGCUCCACAAGUUGUUGGUGGAUUAGGCUUUAUGCCCCUUUUUGUCUUGAUUUAUCUCCAUAGUUGAAGAUGAAAGAAAGAAAAGGAAAAAGAAAUAAAAACCAGUGCUAGAACUAUUUUAUUUAAUUUGAUUUUAAUCAGUUUCUUUUAGAACUGAUUACAGACUACUGUUUUUGGAGAUUA